UUAACGUUCCACGCUGCACAAUUAAGAAACAAAAUAUAGGUGUCAACCAGUGGUGGCGCGCUUCCCACUGAGCAGAGCACCACCGAUCUGCCGGUUCUUCACUUCUCGCCGGCACACGGCCGGCCCGUCGUCAGGCCGAGCGAGCUCCUGAUCCCCGCCAUGGACGGCUCCGGGUCCUCCUCCUCGCCGCUGCGCGUCGUGGUCGUCCCCUGGCUCGCGUUCGGCCACAUGCUCCCGUACCUGGAGCUCGCCGAGCGGCUGGCGUCGCGGGGGCACCGCGUGUCCUACGUCUCCACGCCCCGCAACCUCGCGCGCCUCCCGCCGCUGCGCCCGGCCGCAGCGCCGCGAGUGGACCUCGUGGCCCUCCCGCUGCCCCGCGUCGACGGCCUCCCCGACGGCGCCGAGUCCACCAACGACGUCCCCGACGACCAGCGGGAGCUCCACUGGAAGGCCUUCGACGGCCUCGCCGCGCCCUUCGCGGAGUUCAUGGCCGCCGCGUGCGCCGACGACGGCACCAGGCCUCAAUGGGUCAUCGCCGACUGCUUCCACCACUGGGUCGCCGCCUCCGCCGUUGAGCACAAGGUGCCAUGCGCGAUGCUUCUCCCGACCGCUGCGGUGAUCGCUGUCGCGCAACCCCCGCCGACGGAGCAAAGUGGAGCGGUCGCCGAGACCCGCCCUCGUUACGAGCAGGAGGAGCUGGCGACGAUGUACGACGACCAAGGCGCAUCGGGUAUGUCCCUUGCCCAGCGCUGGCAGUUGACGAAAGAUAGGUGCGCGCUCGGGGUCAUCCGGAGCUGCGUCGAGUGGGAGCCCGAGUCCUUCCCGCUGGUGCCAACCAUACUGGACAUGCCGGUCGUGCCUCUCGGCCUUCUGCCGCCGUCACCGGACGGAGGCCGCCGUGCUGGCGGCACCAACGGAUCGGCAGAGCACGCCACCGUGCGCUGGCUGGACGAGCAGCCUCCCGGCUCCGUGGUGUACGUGGCGCUGGGGAGCGAAGUGCCGCUGCCCUUGGAGCAGGUGCUCGAGCUGGCCCUCGGGCUGGAGCUCACCGGGACGCGCUUUCUCUGGGCUCUCAGGAAGCCCAGCGGUGCCGCCGUCCUGGAUGACGGGGCCGACAUGCUUCCGCCCGGUUUCCAGGAGCGAACUCGCGGCCAGGGGCUGGUGACCACGGGGUGGGUUCCUCAGAUGAGCAUCCUGGCGCACGCGGCCGUGGGCGGGUUCCUGACGCACUGCGGCCGGAACUCGCUGAUCGAAGGCCUCCUGUUCGGGCACCCACUCGUCAUGCUGCCCAUCUUCGGCGACCAAGGCCCCAAUGCGCGCCAAAUGGAGGCGAAGAUGGCGGGGUUGCAGGUGGCGAGGGACGAGAGCGAUGGCUCGUUCGACCGCCAUGGCAUCGCGAGCGCGGUCCGGGCAGUCAUGGUUGACGGAGAGGCAAGGAGGAGAUUCGUGGCAGGUGCGGCGAAGAUGCAGAGGGUCGUGGCUAAUUCGGAGCGACAGGAGAGGUACAUCGACGAAUUUGUGCAACGGCUUCGAUCUCACGGCGCCGCAAUUGCCACUGGUGGCAAAGACACUACCGCCGCCCCCACAACCAGCUGAAACGGGAUAGUUCGUGAACAAUAAGGGAACAUUUUGUGUGUGUGUGUGUGUGUUUUUUUUUAUUGGCGGGUGGAACAUUCUGUGUUUGAUACUCAAACCGGAGCAUAUGCAAUAAUGCUAGUCCUACAAAAAACUUACAAAGAUUUAUUUAA